AUGGGCCUGGCCAAGGCCCUGCGCCGCCUGAGCGGCAGCCUAGAACCGGGGGACAGCAGGGCGGGCGAUGAGGAGGCCGGGCCGGGGCUGUGCCGCAACGGGUGGGCGCCGGCGCCGUCGCCGGCGGGGCGGCGCCGCGGGCGCUUCGUCAAGAAGGACGGCCACUGCAACGUGCGCUUCGUGAACCUGGGCGGCCAGGGCGCGCGCUACCUGAGCGACCUGUUCACCACGUGCGUGGACGUGCGCUGGCGCUGGAUGUGCCUGCUCUUCUCCUGCUCCUUCCUCGCCUCCUGGCUGCUCUUCGGCCUGGCCUUCUGGCUCAUCGCCUCGCUGCACGGCGACCUGGCCGCGCCGCCGCCGCCCGCGCCCUGCUUCUCCCACGUGGCCAGCUUCCUGGCCGCCUUCCUCUUCGCGCUGGAGACGCAGACGUCCAUCGGCUACGGCGUGCGCAGCGUCACGGAGGAGUGCCCGGCCGCCGUGGCCGCCGUGGUGCUGCAGUGCAUCGCCGGCUGCGUGCUCGACGCCUUCGUCGUGGGCGCCGUCAUGGCCAAGAUGGCCAAGCCCAAGAAGCGCAACGAGACGCUCAUCUUCAGCGAGAACGCCGUGGUGGCGCUGCGCGACCGCCGCCUCUGCCUCAUGUGGCGCGUGGGGAACCUGCGCCGCAGCCACCUGGUCGAGGCCCACGUGCGGGCCCAGCUGUUGCAGCCUCGGGUGACCCCCGAAGGUGAGUACAUCCCGCUGGACCACCAGGACGUGGACGUGGGCUUCGAUGGCGGCACUGAUCGCAUCUUCCUGGUGUCCCCCAUCACCAUCGUGCACGAGAUCGACUCCUCCAGUCCUCUCUAUGAGCUGGGGCGCGCAGAGCUGGCCCGGGCCGACUUUGAGCUAGUGGUCAUCCUUGAGGGCAUGGUGGAGGCCACGGCCAUGACCACGCAGUGUCGCUCUUCCUACCUCCCUGGUGAGCUGCUCUGGGGCCAUCGUUUUGAGCCGGUCCUCUUCCAGCGUGGCUCCCAGUAUGAGGUGGACUAUCGCCACUUCCACCGCACUUAUGAGGUCCCAGGGACCCCCGUCUGCAGCGCCAAGGAGCUGGAUGAGCGGGCAGAGCGGGAUUCCCACAGCCCCAAGUCCAGCUUCCCGGACUCUCUGACUGCAUUUUGUUAUGAGAACGAACUUGCCCUGAGUUGCUGCCAGGAGGAAGAGGAAACCAAGGAGGGAGAUGAAUCGGAGGCAGAAGAGGGGGCUGCCAGCCCCCGAGUACUCACACCAACCCUGUCUCUGACCCUGCCCCUAUGAUGCCAGCUGGUGUCCCC